AUGCAAGGCCUACUGGAAUCUCUGACUGAUGAUCGUCUUCUACUGGACGAUGGUAAUAUACGUAUGGCUGCAGCUUUUGACAAUGAAGAGGUUGGUUCUCAAACUGCAAUGGGAGCACAAUCUUCAUUCACGGAAUACGUGCUGAGACGUCUUGCUGCUGGUGGAGAAUCGUGCUCAUUUGAAGAGGCCAUUGGACGUAGCAUUUUGAUCUCAGCCGAUCAAGCGCACGCUGCCCACCCGAACUAUUCUGAUCAACAUGAGGCAAGCGUUGUUGUGAAAGUUAACGUGAACCAGCGCUAUGCCACAACAUCUACAACUCACGCGUUCUUGAAGCAAAUCGCUGCCGAAGCCAAUGUACCUUUGCAGAAAGUAGUCGUUCGAAACGACUCCCCUUGUGGAUCGACAGUGGGUCCCAUACUGGCAGCUCGUCUGGGUAUACAGACAAUCGACGUCGGCUGUCCUCAGCUGGCAAUGCACUCCAUCCGCGAAAUGAUCGACACGAGCAGUUUAACCCAUGCAACAAGGCUUUAUGCGACAUUCUUCAAUAGGAUGCGGUACGUACUUCCAUCACUGAUGUAA